UUUUCCCCGUCACUCUUUCGCCUGUCGCGCAUUUUCUUGGGGUCCCGGCCUCUUCCAAUUCGCAGCCUCGAAAGAUUUCUUCAACCCCACGACCGCAUCGCUUCCGGAUCCCCGACCACCUAUAACUGGGCGGAAAUAUCUACGGAAAGGAACAUAUCUUCUCAGUAUCGACCACAUACUCAGUCACGAUGAAUCCGCUGCCCGGCGGGCCGUUCCCGCAGCCAGGCUUGACCUGGCAAGACCACCGUACGCCUGAUGGACGUGUAUACUACUACAACUCCCUGACGAGGGUCACGCAAUGGACCAAGCCGGAGGAGCUGAUGACUCCCGCCGAGCGUGCGCUCGCCAACCAGCCUUGGAAAGAAUAUACAGCCGAGGGCGGCAAAAAGUACUGGUACAACACUGAAACCAAGCAAAGCUCGUGGGAGAUGCCUGAAGUCUACAAGCAAGCUCUUGGUGUCGGAACCACGACACCGACCAGCGCUGCUACUCCUACCGGUCCUUUUUCGGCUCCCGGAGGUGGCCAUCAAGGUGGAUAUGGAGGCGGUCAGUCUGACAACUACCGCCCCGACCGCGAUCGCGACCGUGACUAUCGUGAUCGUGACCGUGAUCGUGACUACCGCGAUCGGGAUCGGGAUCGGGACCGUGACCACCGUGACCACCGCGACCACCGCGACUACCGAGAGCCACUGGGAGAGUCGCGUCAGUUGACGUUUGGCAACAACAACAAUGCAGCUCCAGCUUUCGUUCCUGCGACCGCCGAUCCGGAAUACGCGACACCAGAGGAGGCGGAGGCUGCCUUCGUUAAACUUCUGAAACGCAGUGGCGUCCAACCCGAUUGGACUUGGGAGCAAACCCUCCGAGCUGUUGUCAAGGAUCCUCAGUUCCGCGCUAUCAAGGAUCCAAAGGAUCGCAAGGCCGCUUUCGAGAAGUAUUGCCAUGAUGUCGUUGUUCAGGAUAAGGAGCGUGCAAAGGAGAGACUAACUAAGCUACGCGCCGAUUUCGCCACGAUGCUACGGAGCCAUCCGGAAAUCAAGCACUACACACGCUGGAAAACUGCUCGGCCCAUGAUCGAGGGCGAGACCAUCUUCCGAUCUACCAAUGACGACAAUGAGCGACGCCAGUUGUUUGAGGACUACCGGGUUGAGCUUAGAAAGGCACACAAGGAUCAACAGAUUGCUUUGCGCAAGAGUGCCAUGGACGGCUUGAUUGAGCUUCUCCCGAAACUUGACCUUGAGCCCUACACUAGGUGGUCUGAAGCUCAAGGCACUAUUGAGAGCACUGCAGAGUUCCAACAGGAUGAGAAGUACAAGUCCCUCAGCAAGUAUGAUAUCCUGACCGUUUUUCAAAACCACGUCAAGGCUUUAGAACGUACCUUCAACGACUCUAGGCAAGAGGAGAAGAACAAGAAGCUUCGCAAGGAACGCAAGAACCGCGACAAUUUCUGUGCUCUUCUCGCUGAGUUGAGGAAGGAUGGCAAGAUCAAAGCAGGAUCCAAGUGGUCCAAGGUCUACCCUCUUUUCGAACACGAUGAGAGGUACUUGGCUAUGGCCGGUCAGCCCGGCUCUACCCCCAUGGAAUUGUUCUGGGACGUUGUCGAGGAAGAAGAACGUGCCUUGAGAACCACCAGGAAUGAUGUCCUGGAUGUUAUUGAUGAUAAACGGUUUGAGGUUACUCCCAAGACUACUUUCCAAGAGUUUGAAGCAAUUGUGAAAGAUGACCGCCGCACCGCUAACAUUGAGCGCGAUAUUCUUGAGCUUAUUUUCGAGCGUCUUCAAGAAAAGAAGGCCAAACGGUCAGCAGAUGACGACAAGCAUUCUGAACGCCAGCAGCGUCGUGCCUUGGACGAUCUUCGUUCAUACCUCAAGAGGUUGGAACCUCCCAUCACGGUCAAUGAAACUUACGAGCAGGUAGAGGGUCGCAUUGCUCAGAGCAACGAGUUUAAGGCUGUUGCGUCCGACGAGGCUCGCCGCAGUGCCUUCGAAAAACACAUUCGCCGCUUGAAGGAAAAGGAAGAAGAGGCCGAAAGAGACCGACUGCGUCGUCGUGAUCGCGGCGACCUGUAUAGGGACAGAGGUGAGCGCUCUCACCGCAGCAGCGCACGCUCCGUUCGCAGCCGCAGUCCAGAACACGAUCCGUACGAGGCGGACCGCCGCAAGGCUAUCGCCGAGCGGGAACGCAAUUUCCGCAAGUCCAGCAUGGCAGAGAGUCUGCUUUCGGACCGCAGGUCAGUAGAUGGUCAUCAUGACUCUAUUCGAGACAGAGAUAGGGAUCGCGAUCGCGAGCGUGAUCGUGAUCGUCGUGACUAUCGUGACCGUGAUCGUGAACGAGAAAGAGACCGUGAUCGUGACCGUGAUCGCGAGAGAGACAGGGACAGAGACCGGGACCGAGACCGGGAGAGAGACCGGGAGAGGGAUCGCGAUCACCGGGACAGAGACCGCGACCGUGAACGUGACCGCGACCGCGAUUACGAUCGACGCCCUCGCCACGACGAGCUCAACCACUAUGACCGGGAACGACGCAGUCGCGAUGAGGACAGGGAGAGAAUCUAUCGUAGGCGAGUAAUGGAUCGCGAUGUUGAUGAGCUGCCAUAUGGUGACGAGAGACCCAGCUCAUCCCGCCGCACCCGCCCCGAAGAGGACGAACACGACCGCCAUGACGGCAGGCCCCCGGCGAAGAGAGUCAAGACCGAGCCUAGCACCACCGCUACUCCUGCCGCCGGCGUCCCUGCCGCUCCCGCCACCGCUCCCGCCGUUAAGGAUGAGGCUACUAGCCCCGCUCGUGAUGGCGUCAAGUCGCCACAGCCCCAAAAACAGCAAGAGAAGGAGAAAACGCCGCCGCCACCCGCUGCCGUCCGUGCGGGUAGCGAAGAGGGCGAGAUCGAGGAGGACUAAGUGCCUGACCGUUCAAGGCUGGCUCCAAGCCAGGAUUUGUCGGGGUUACGGAAGGGUUAUGUGUACCUCCGCUUGAAAGCGUUGGGAAGUCCGGAUGGCUAUAUAUGCAGUCUGAAAGUACUCUCGUACGUGUUUACCACCACCACUUCCCAUCCCUAAUCAUCAAUAGCAAAAUCUUUUUCUCUGUAAUUGUCUUUUUCUUCUGUCUCUCUCCAUCCGCCUUCGUUAUGGCUUUGGCCAGGUAGAAAACUAUGCGCAUAACAAAAAAAAGUUGGAUAGAACGAGCGAUCGAUUGGAUAGUUAAUGUGUUAAUAGACGAGUGUUAACAGACAUUGUCCAUCAUCGGUGAGUAGACUAUAUCCUCCCGAUCCAAUGUGUUGUGUCGUAAAGUUGCUUAAAUAUCCAGAAUCUUUGUAUAUGUCAUCAUGUACUGGUGACUUUGGCUUCCUACCCUACUAUUGAAUCGUCGACUACCUAACGGCCGAAAGAAGAUUACACAUCAUUUUGUCUUUCAGGUGAGUAGAAUGGUUUCUGUACGCUCAAGUGAGACUAUUUAUCGUGUAGUGCAUUCCAAGUAGUAGAAGCAACGAUCAUGGGAAGCGAAGCAAACGGGAGUGAAGAAACAAAAAACAUCAAGAAAAAUAUAUAUAUAUAUAUAAAUAAAAU